ACAGUGGACUGGUUUGUUCAACAAUGAACUUAAAACGCAAGAACAGUCGCUUCUUUUCGUGAAGCGAAUGAUGGCCCUUGCAGUGUCCUCCAUUACCUACUUGCGUGGUGUUUUCCCAGAGGAUGCCUACCGGUCACGCUACUUAGAGGACUUGUGUGUCAAAGUUUUGAGAGAAGACAGCUCCUCAGCGGGGGCCUGCAAAAUUGUGAGGUGGAUGAUGGGGUGUUUUGAUGCUUUAGAGAAGUCAUAUGUAAGCAUUCAUUUUCCAUAUCGUCAUCAAAAUAAAGAAUAUUAUAAUGUACGUUGUUUUGUUCCUUAUGUAUGUUCAUUUGUUGGUUUACAGUUGCAAAUUGUGUUCAUUGGGGUAUGCCCAAAGACUGCAGAUGUCAAUCACAUCAUUGAGUCCUAUCAGUUUAAAUUUGUAUACACAGAGGAUGGGCCACAAAUGGAUUUUCUAAGAAACGAGAAGGUUGAGAUGAGAGUGACCAUGGAGGACACAAAGAAGGCGUCUGUGCUUCUCAUCAGGAAGUUGUUCCUCCUCAUGCAAAAUCUGGAUGUUCUCCCAAGCAAUGUGUCCCUCACCAUGAGACUCUACUACUAUGAUGAUGUCACGCCUUCUGACUAUGAUCCGCCGGGGUUCAAAGAGGGUGUGUGUGAUGACCUGUGGUUUGAGGGCACAGCGGUCCACUUCAAAGUGGGUGAGCUGCAAACUCCGUUCCACGCCAUGAAGGUGCGCGUGGCGGCUGAACAGCAACGCGCCGGGAAGCUCCAGGAAAGCAGCCAUCUGAGGGAGUCUGGGAAGGUGCCUGUGACCUCUGACCCCGAGGUGUGCUCCAGAGAUCUACAGCAAAAGGCUACCCACAUAGGAUGUCCCGCUGACAACCUGUCAUCUGAUGAAGAGUCCGCUGCAGAGUUCAAGAAACCCCAAAAGAUUAAGAGGAAAAUUCAGGGCAACAAACUAAUCAAGAGAACAAGAAAAGAACUAUGAAGUGGAUAUGGACUGACAGUUGAUUGCAUGCAGUGUAGAGUGACGAGCACGUGCUUGUCAUUUUUAUCACAUAUUUAUUUGUAGUAUUGCAAAUUUGGAAAACUAUUAUUUAUUUACAAGUAGUAAGUAAGGAUAUUGAGUUGCUGUAGACAUGGAAAAGAUAUAUUUUUAAGGCUCUUUCA